AUGAAUUGUCACACUGUGCGUGAAAUCAAGGCCAUAUGCGCAUGGGAAAAGCGCAACCAAUCCAAAGAACUUGAAAACUUUUGGAAGGAAAUAAAGGAACGUAUUAAUAAUAUUGGACCAUUUCCACGUUAUAUUUUUAGUAAUAGUCCUUUAUAUCUGCGACAAUAUUAUGAAGUGAAAAGUUCGUUGAAUUGCAUUACAGAACGCACUAUUUCAGAGUAUAUGGAUAUCCUAAGAGGUGAUGGUGAAUGGAAUGAUAAAAGUCCUUCCCAAGAUUUACUGAAAGUAUACCGUUUGGCCAUUGGCAAUGUUGAUUUUUCGAGGAUUGCAGCAUUUAAUGAUGAAUUAAAUAAAAGCAUACUUGUUCGAGUGAUGAAGGUUUGUCGUGCCCCAUACUUGAAAUUCUUUUUCACAGAUAGGGGCAUGAUCAUUGCCGAACAUUUUGAAAAACUUGGCGUUAUUGCUUUUACAGAUAAGAACUUUGUAACUGCGCUUGGUAAAGAACCGAAAAUAAUUCAACCACCUAAAGGUCGAGUGAGUCAGCAGAGUGUUUUACAACGGAGAGAUUUGAUUACAUAUGCUAGUAAUGGGUAUGACCUCUUUCCCACUGGUAUAAAUGAUGCCAGCAGGAGGAUAGAGUACAAUAUGCUUUACCAUCCUUCUAUAUCUAAUUUCCCUCUGGUGGAUGCUUUCUACCUUGUGAAAUCUGAAGAGGAAAGGGUUACAAUGAUUGGAAUACAAACGACAACUGCCAGAAGACAUGAAACCACAGUUACUGCAGUAAUUGAAUUCAAUAAAUAUCUUAAAAAUUGUUUUUCUGACUGGACUAAUGUUUCCAAGGAAAUAUCGUGGGAGAUCAUUUACAUACAACCCUACGAGACCGAUGAGAGGAGACAAAUAAAAAAAUGGCAAGGAUGCACUUUGAAUGAAUCAGGAAACUAUAAUCUCGAGGAACAGGGGAUUACUGCCAAAUUCUGGAAUGAAAAGGUAAAUCAGUAUCGGGUGAAUUUGUCUUUAGGAAUGGCAGUACGCCUCGUGGAGGCUUUGGAGGGGGUGCGUAAAGAAGAAAAACUAUCUAAAAUCGAAGACUUGAUACAAAUAAGAAGGUAG